AGGAAAAGGAGAGGAGACGCCUGCGCAGACGAGCGGCGGGAGCGCUGCUCUGACAGCGAAAAGAUGGCGGCCGUGGGCCGAGAGCCGCGUGGGACGGGAUAGCGUGGCUGAUCUGGACCGUGGCGUCCCCAGACUGUCUACUGGGAGCUCUACUAUCAAGUGCUAAACUUCGGAAUGAUCGUCUCGUCGGCGCUGAUGAUCUGGAAGGGGCUCAUGGUGAUCACUGGGAGCGAGAGCCCGAUCGUGGUGGUGCUCAGUGGCAGCAUGGAGCCUGCGUUUCACAGAGGAGACCUCCUCUUCCUGACCAACCGAGUGGAAGAUCCCAUACGAGUGGGAGAGAUCGUUGUUUUCAGGAUAGAAGGGAGGGAGAUCCCUAUAGUGCACCGGGUCCUGAAGAUUCACGAAAAGCAAAACGGACACAUCAAGUUUCUGACCAAAGGGGAUAACAACGCCGUGGAUGACCGAGGCCUCUAUAAGCAAGGACAGCACUGGCUAGAGAAAAAGGACGUGGUGGGGAGAGCCAGGGGGUUCGUCCCUUACAUCGGGAUAGUGACGAUCCUCAUGAACGACUACCCCAAGUUCAAGUAUGCAGUCCUCUUCCUGCUGGGCCUGUUCGUGCUGGUGCACCGUGAGUAGGCGGCGGCCGUCCGGGGGGUGCCAGGCCUCGGCGUCGGCGCUGCUUUCCGGCCCGCCCGCUCGCCGCCGCGGGGACUUCCGGUCGCGGGAUUUCAUACGUUGUCGUGGUCAACGUGCGCGUUUUUGUACAUCAGUGAAUUUUUUAUAUGAAAAGGCUGAGCCAAAGCCCCAGUGUUUGUAUCUUGAAGCCAGGCUCCUCUCAAGUGCCUCGAGCCCUGCGCCGGAGCCACACCACGGCGGCGCGGAUCUUCCCUUUCAGAAGUUUAAAUAAAGGACUUUGCCUGUUGACCCUCA